GCGGCCGUGGCCCUGGCCGUGGGAGGCGGGCCCGGCGGAGCCCAGCCGCGCGGGGACCGGCCCCAGCGCCCGCUUCCCCUGCGCGUCGCGGCCGCGCGGCCCGGCGAGGCCCGGAGACCACCCCCGCGCCCCGGCCGGGCGCAGUCGCGAUGUCGGUGGCGGGGCUGAAGAAGCAGUUCCACAAAGCCAGCCAGCUAUUCAGUGAAAAAAUAAGCGGCGUCGAAGGAACAAAACUAGAUGACGAAUUUCUUGACAUGGAGAGGAAAAUAGACAUUACCAAUAAAGCUGUUGCAGAAAUUAUUUCGAAAGCCACAGAAUAUCUUCAGCCAAAUCCAGCAUACAGAGCUAAGCUAGGAAUGCUGAACACUGUGUCGAAGAUUCGAGGACAGGUGAAAACCACCGGCUACCCGCAGACGGAAGGCUUGCUGGGCGACUGCAUGCUGAAGUUCGGGAAGGAGCUGGGCGAGGGCUCCGCGUUCGGCAAUGCAUUGAUAGAAGUUGGGGAAUCCAUGAAGCUAAUGGCUGAGGUGAAAGACUCUCUUGAUAUUAACGUAAAGCAAACUUUUAUUGACCCACUUCAGUUACUCCAAGACAAAGAUCUAAAAGAGAUUGGGCACCACCUGAAAAAGCUGGAAGGCCGCCGCCUGGAUUAUGAUUAUAAAAAGAAGCGAGUAGGUAAGAUACCAGAUGAAGAAGUCAGACAAGCGGUAGAAAAAUUUGAAGAGUCAAAGGAGUUGGCUGAAAGAAGCAUGUUUAAUUUUUUAGAAAAUGAUGUAGAACAAGUCAGCCAGUUGGCCGUGUUCAUAGAGGCAGCUUUAGACUAUCACAAACAGUCCACGGAGAUCCUGCAGGAGUUACAGAGCAAUCUGCAGAUGCGAAUAUCAGCUGCAUCCAGUGUCCCCAGACGAGAGUAUAAGCCACGGCCCAUCAAAAGGAGUCCUAGUGAGCUCAAUGGGGUGUCCACCACCUCGUCAGCAAAGACAACAGGUUCUAACGUUCCCAAGGACCAGCCCUGCUGUCGUGGUCUCUAUGAUUUUGAGCCAGAAAACCAAGGAGAACUAGGAUUUAAAGAAGGGGACAUCAUUACAUUAACCAAUCAAAUAGAUGAAAACUGGUAUGAAGGGUUGCUACACGGGGAAUCUGGAUUCUUCCCCAUUAAUUAUGUUGAAGUGAUCGUGCCUUUACCUCAGUAAAUGUGUAACUCACACUUUGGACAUACUUUCAUAACUGAAAUGAAUUCACACCAGUGUUCUCUCAGUGUGUCUGUGACAUCCUUGUUCUUGGACCAACUUAAUGACUUUUGUUUGUGCUUUCUCUUUGUAAUGUAUUUUGUAUCUGUUUCAUUUGUAUAAAUGAUUUUCCCGUCUUAGCUACAUGAAACUAUAGUUUUCUUUUUUUUUUGCUUAUUGUCCUAAAAGUCAUCGGUCAAAUAAAUGAAUGUGCUUCUUGUUGCUAAAAAUAAAUUGCAGUUAUGUCCAUGAAUUGCCCGUUUAUAUCCCUCAGCUGCAACGGAAUGCAAAAUCUGAAACUUAAGAAAUGCUAAAUAUUUUGUUUCCUGACAUUACUGAUGUCAUCUGGUCUUUCCUUAUGUUUUAGCUGACUGUGAAUCGCCCAAUAAAUAUGACACACCGUA